AUGCAGGAUGGCAUCGGAAUAGCGCCGCCUCUGGCAGCGACACAGCAAGCUGGCGAUUUCGACCUGACGACGACGAAUGCCUGGUACAACCUCACGGCCCUCGCCCGCGCAGUCAACGUGACGCGGUAUGCACCUCUGAUCGAGGGCUUCGUCAAGGCUGGCCCGCGCAUUGUGAUGAAGCUGGGCUCCUUCAUGGCAGCUCCCAAUGCCCUUGGCCUUCCGGCCCAAAACGCCAUGUCGUCUGCCAUGCCCGAACCGGGGAUUCUCGCUCCCGCCGCCACCGGCUCGAGUCUCUAUAGCAAUGUCGUCGAUGCCGCAGCAGCUCCCAGCGCCCAGGCGGGCUCGGCAACGCAGCCGCCGCUCUUGUCUCUGGACGGAGUUCGGGGCUUGGGCAGCGUCUUCAACUACGCCACCAGCAAAUGGGCCCUCUCCUGCAUUGCCAUGGCCGUUAUCCUUAACCGGACUCAUAUCUUUGCUGCUACCCGCCGGAGAUUACGACUCCGCUGGCAAGUGAGGCUGCUGGUGCGACUUGUUCCCUUCAUGUUGUUGGUCUUCCAAGCCCGCCACCUUCUGCAGUCUAUCCAAUGUCAGACUUCGCCCGAUUUUGCGAUGCUGAGAUGGGGCGAUGCCAACAAGAGCUCUGAUCUCAUGUCUGCUCAUACGAAUCCCUUUUUGAAUACCAUAAGCUCGUCGCUGCUUUUCGGAGCCUCGGAUGAACAGUCUUGCGUUUCUGUGAAAAUGGUACCGCCGCAAGAUGCUGACGUCGUUGGAGAGCUCCAAGGCUCUCUAUCUCGGCUGUGGCCCUUGUUUACCUCUUUGUGUCUGAGCCAAUUCCUUGAAACGAUUUCCUGCGCUGUACAGGGACGUCCCGUUGCCGCCGAGACGGGCAUGACGCUGUUUGAACAGUCACUGGCCUUUGCUGAAGCGGAUGCUGCCGUUAAUAGCCAGCUUGGUUGGGGCGCGUUUUCUAAAUACCAAAACCUGCCUCCUAUACCAACCAGCCAAGGCAACACUAUUACCUUGACACGAUCGGCAAUUCUCAGGCGUAUUAACACGUCACCUGAAGUCUUAUGGAUCGCCCUCCUAUCCUCGAUGACACACAUUACAAGCCAUGUCCUGGGCGUGUUCGACCUUCAAGCCAAGUAUCGGCUUGUGAAUACGGGAUUCUGGGGCUUGUGCUUUAUGGGUAGCCUCGUAUGGAGCUUUUUCACUUUUGAGCCUGAUAACAUUGCAUCUCAAGGAUUCUUCAGAUUUCCUACUGUUUGCAUCAUUGGAUUCGUUCCCCACGUGUUGAUUCUAGUUGGCAUCGUCAUGUGUCUAUUCAUAUACGGAUUGGCACUGCUACUUACAGCCGCGAUGCCAACAACCAGCCAAGAACAACCCAGGAUGAACUUUCGCCAGCGACUGCUUUACGCACAUGAAAACAUGCAAGCCAAUGUCUCACUAUCGGAGCUUCGCAUUACGCGAGAGAUGGACUUCUACACUGCACUGCUAAGGACAGGAUUCGCUGCUAUUACUAUGGCCAGUGAAGCUGUUUAUCUCAACGAAGAUCGUGGUGUUAGUCUCAAGCAUCAGACUUGGCUCGAAGAGGCCCGUUACAGAGAAGCGGAGGAGUUGCGCAGGCAAUGGAUAAGUAUGGGCCUCUCUGACCCGCGUUAUGACCAAAUUGGCACCGUCGGACUAAUACCUGUUAAAAAUGGUCCUCUUCUGCCCCCUAAUGGUUAUAGCCGAGAGCGUGCUGCACAAAAGGUUCCCCGUGGCCGUGGCGAUAAGGUGCUCAGAGUCGGUAUUGGUGCUUCCGAGAGGAGUUCGAGAUGGUUCCUCGCCUUGGAGUUUCUCAUCAGCAUUAACAAGCUCCUGGCAAGAGUUUUCGCUCUAUCCCUUCUGUGGAUUCUUGGUGUAUGCCGUAUUCAGUCUCGGCCUGCAUGGUUGCUCUGGCUGGCGCGCCGUUCGAAGACGCCGGAGAAUGAAAAUGCAUCGAGACCAAGCCGUGGCCCCGGCGGAAGCAGAGAUGCGACGGCGAAGCCUUUGGAUGGAGAUGCGACUCUUAGAACGGACGCUUUAGAUAUCGAGGCUGAAUUUAGACGAGUUGGUACAAGCCAAGAUGAAGAGACCCUGGAUAAGGAUCUAUAUAAAUACUGGCUCAAAGGAGGAUGGUGGGGAUCUCAGGAUAUGAGCGGAACAUAUCAGCCUCGUGAAGAAGAGGAAGAAUGGGACAAUACGAGCGUAAUCACCAUGACCACCAAUGGAGGCGACAGCGAUGAUGAAGCAGGCGGCUGGAUGUCAGACGAGGGUAGCGGACAGAGAACACCAACUCAGCAAUCGCCACGACCUGGGCGUGAAGGGACUCCUUUUGUGGAUAGUCCACUAGCAAUGGGUGAUUUAGCCCGCCUUUUGCAUCCUACCAAUCUGGCUUUAGACGAAUGGAGCAGCUGCAACGGACGCGAAUUCUGA